CACCAGCCAGGCAGUGGAUUUGGCCCUGGCACCAGCCUUGGCAGUUGAUUUGGCCUUGGCACCAGCCUUGGCGGGCGGGCACGCGAUAUGCACAGGCGCCAAGGGGCGCAGAACCGACCUACUCGCGGAGCGAACGCGAACCGAGCCGUCGCCGUUCGCCGCAGCCGUCAGCCGUCAGCCGGCAGCAGCCGGCCGCCGGCCGCCGGCAGCCGGCGGCCGGGAGCCGGCAGCCGGCAGUCGCCGUCGCUGCCGCCGCCGCAGCAGCAGCGAGCGAGCUCCUGCGUCGCGUUUUGCCGACGCAGUGUGGACGCGCGCCGCCCAGCGGCGAGCGAGCGUGCUCGGAGCUGGGUCGGCGCGCGCGCGGGCGGACGGCGCCUGUAAACAGACAGCCGUUGAAUCGUGCGUGUGAGAGAGGCUUAGGGUUCUAAAAUUCUCUUUGUGUUA